AUGAUUACAAAAGAAGACAUCACAAUAUCAAACAAUAACCAUAGAGCUCCGGCAGUUGAAACUCAAUCAGAAAGGAUACCUUUGGAAGGAAAUGUUAACAAUGAAACAACAGAAGGUGUUUUAAGUGGAGGUAGAGAUGCCCACAGAAAAAUGAGUAACGUGGAGAAUGAACAAAUAGAAAGGCUGUUACCCAGCGGAAAGGAAACAAUCCUGGCUAUAGAGAAGGAAGAAGGGGACCAUCACCCGUUCGUGAAUUUAAGGAUAAAUGGGAUGGUAAUUAAAUCCUUUAUUGAUGAUGGAAGCGCGCUAUCAGCUAUAAAACAAGAACGAAUGGAGAGAAAUUGGGAGUUCUGA